UCCACUUUUGCAUCUGAGAGGAGGAGACGAGCUCCAACUUCCUGUGUGCGCGAGAUCUCCGCCUGGCCGCCUCGCUCCGGGAGGCUCGCGCGUGGCUCUGCGGACCGGGAGGAGGGCAGCCUUCAUGCGGAUGGUUGUGUGUGUGUGUGACGCUUGGCAGCCCCGUGCACCACCAACCAGCAGCGGCCAUACAUGUGGAUUAUUUUGGGGGGUGAACACCGCUCCUGCUCUCUCUCCACCCUCCUUCCACACCUCCGCCUCGACGCCGAAGAUAGCGCGCGCUGAGCCGGGGCAGGAGGGGUUUAGCUUCUCCGCCGGCCUUCGUCACCAUCACACCCCGAGGAGCAGCUACGACUUCCCCUCAGGGAGGGAGGUGUAGGGGGGGGAGGGGGUGGAGGUUUGGGAAAGUCCGGACGUAGCGCGUCGCGGCGCGGCAUCGCCCCGCUGCAUGGUGCCGCGGGGCCGGAGGGAGUGGGUGAACCAGCCGGAGCAGCUGAUCCAGAGAUGGCUGUCCUCAAACUGGCCGAGCAGCCUCCUCUCGUCCAGGCGAUCUUCAGCGGAGACCCAGAAGAGAUCCGCAUGCUCAUCUACAAGUCCGAAGACAUCAACGCUCUGGAUGCAGAGAAGCGCACGCCGCUGCAUGCCGCCGCCUUCCUGGGCGACGCCGAGAUCACGGAGCUGCUCAUCCUCUCUGGGGCUCGGGUCAACGCCAAAGACACCAUGUGGCUCACCCCCCUGCAUCGCGCCGUGGCCUCUCGGAGCGAGGAGGCGGUGCGGGUUCUGAUCCGACACUCGGCCGACGUGAACGCGCGGGACAAGAACUGGCAGACGCCGCUGCACGUCGCCGCCGCCAACAACGCGCUGCGCUGCGCCGAGGUCAUCAUCCCGCUGCUGAGCAGCGCCAACGUGUCGGACCGCGGCGGGCGCACCGCCCUGCACCACGCCGCCCUCAAUGGCCACACGGAGAUGGUGAACCUCCUCCUCGCUAAAGGGGCCAACAUCAACGCCUUCGAUAAGAAAGAUGGCCGCGCGCUGCACUGGGCGGCGUUCAUGGGUCAUUUGGAUGUGGCGUGUCUGCUGGUGAGCCAGGGGGCCGAGAUCAGCUGCAAGGACAAGCGGGGAUACACCCCCCUCCACACGGCGGCCUCCAGCGGGAAGAUCGCUGUGGUCAAACACCUGCUGAACCUCUCGGUGGAGAUCGACGAGUGCAACGCGUUCGGCAACACGGCGCUCCACUUGGCGUGCUUCAACGGCCAGGACGCCGUGGUCAGCGAGCUCAUCGACAACGGGGCGAGCGUCGGCCACGCCAACAACAAAGGCUUCACGCCGCUGCACUUCGCCGCCGCCUCCACGCACGGAGCGCUGUGCCUCGAGUUCCUGGUCAACAACGGGGCCGACGUCAACGUGCAGAGUCGAGACGGGAAGAGUCCUCUCCACAUGACGGCGGUCCACGGGCGCUUCACCCGCUCCCAGACCCUGAUCCAGAACGGCGGCGAGAUCGACUGCGUGGACAAAGACGGCAACACGCCGCUGCACGUCGCCGCGCGCUACGGCCACGAGCUGCUCGUCAACACGCUCAUCAGCAGCGGCGCCGACUGCACGAGGCGAGGAGUCCACGACAUGUUCCCUCUGCACUUGGCGGCCCUGAACGCUCACGCAGACUGCUGCAGGAAGCUGCUGUCCUCAGGUGAGCCACACCUCUCUCUCUCCCUCUCCACCUCCCCCCAUUUUCUCUCUCCGCCCCUUUCUCUCUCUCUCUCCCAUCUCUUCCCCCCUCUCUCUCCCCAUCUAUCCCCCCUCUCCAGCAACGUGGAGUGUGUGAAGCUGCUCCUGAGCAGCGGUGGAGACCACAACAAGAGGGACAAGUGUGGCAGAACCCCCCUGCACUACGCGUCCGCCAGCCGCCACUACCCGUGCCUGGAGACCCUGGUGGCGUGCGGCACCGCCGUCAACGCCACGGACCAGUGGGGCCGCUCCGCCCUGCACUACGCCGCCGCCUCGGACCUGGACAGGAGGCGCCGCGUUGCUCUGGAGCCGGAGAGCGAAGGCGUCCAGGCGGAGCGGGAGAAGGAGGCGGCGCUAUGUUUGGAGUUCCUCCUCCAGAGCGACGCCACGUCGUCCCUGAAGGACCAGCAGGGCUACAGCCCCGUGCACUACGCCGCCGCCUACGGGCACCGGCACUGCCUGGAGCUGCUGCUGGAACGAGACGACGGUCACAGAGACGACUCCGAGUCUCCGAGCGCUCGCAGCCCGCUGCAUCUCGCCGCGUACCACGGCCACGCUCAGGCGCUGGAGGUGCUGCUGCGGGGCAAGCGGGAGGCGGACCGGGGGGACGAGGCGGGGCGGACCCCCCUGGCCCUCGCCGCCCUGCGCGGCCACGCCGACUGCGUCCACACGCUGCUCGGCCAGGGGGCGUCGCCGCGCGCCACCGACGCCCAGUACGGGCGCAACCCGGUGCACCUGGCAGUGAUGAACGGCCACACCACCUGUGUGCGCCUCCUGCUGGACGAUCCGGAUAGUGCGGACCUGGUCGACGCCGCCGACGCUCAGGGACAGACUCCUCUGAUGCUGGCGGUGGCGGGCGGCCACGUGGACGCCGUGUCGCUGCUGCUGGAGCGAGAGGCCGACGUGAACCUGGCGAGCGGCCACGGCCUCACGGCGCUGCACCUCGGGCUGCUGUGUGGUCAGGAGGAAUGCAUCCAGUGCCUGUUGGAGCAGGAGGCCUCGGUGUUGCUAGGCGACGCGGGGCGGACCGCCAUCCACCUGGCCGCCGCCCGAGGCCACGCCUCCUGGCUGUGCGAGCUGCUGAACAUCGCCUGCUCCGAGCCGCCGGCCACGCCCCCGCUGAGGGACCACAGCGGGUACACGCCGCUGCACUGGGCCUGCUACUACGGUCAUGAGGGGUGUGUGGAGGUCCUCCUGGAGCAGAAGGGUUGUCGCUGUAUCGAUGGGAACCCGUUCACUCCUCUGCACUGUGCCGUGGUGAACGAUCACGAGCCGUGUGCGUCGAUGCUGCUCGAGGCGAUGGGCUCGGACAUCGCCGGCUGCAAAGACGCCAAGGACCGGACUCCUCUUCACGCCGCGGCGUUCUCGGGUCACGUCGACUGCAUCCAGCUGCUUCUGUCCCACGACGCGCCGGUCGACUGUGUGGACCAAUCGGGUCGCGACGCGCUGAUGAUGGCGGCCGAGAAGGGCAGAGCCGGAGCUCUCGAGGUGCUGUUGACCAGCGCCGGCUCCAACCUCAGCCUCACGGACAAAGACGGCAACACCGCCCUGCAUCUCGCUUGCAGUAAUGGGAGAGAAGAAUGUGUGAUGCUGAUCCUGGAGAAGCUGUCGGAGACGUCGCUUAUAAAUGCCACAAACGCAGCGCUGCAAACUCCUCUGCACCUGGCGGCUCGUAGCGGUCUGAAGAAGGCGGUCCAGGAGCUGCUGUCCCGAGGAGCCAACGUUCAGACGGUGGAUGAGAACGGGCUGACGCCUGCUCUAGCUUGCGCUCCUAGCAGAGAGGUGGCUGACUGCCUGGCUCUCAUUCUGGCUACCAUGAUGCCUUUCUACUCCCCUUGCAGCUCCGGGGCUCCCUCCCCAGGCUCCCUGUUGAGGCAGAUGCCCCACCAGGGGGGCAAGGCCCCAGGCAGCGGCCCUCGGGGGCCCCGCAUCCCCAGGAACCCCUCCGGACCCUCUAGCGAGGGAACCACCGAAAACGACUCUGAGGACUCUGAAACCUUCUGACCCCACCCCCCUGAACCGCUUCUCUACCCUCCUACCUCGAGCGGUGCACCUGAACCAUCACCUUUCCUCCCCCCCAGGACCGAUGCAGUGUUUUUAGUCUGUAAAGUGACCUCUUGAGGGAGAAGGGUAGAGACUUGGAUGUUUCGCAGUGUCAGCAUCCGGUACAGUCACCCUUCCUGAAGGCCCGACGGCACCUUUUUGAGUGAGUUGCACCACGAGGAGGAGGAAGAAGAAGAAGAAUCCGAUCUGGACCAGUUCCGGUCCGGGUCUGCAUGCUUGUGUUACACCACGGUUUAUGCUUCUACUCACGGGUGCUUGAAUCCAAACGGACCUCGGUACUUUAGCCUCUGCUUGGCGUAGCGGCUCGCCUCCGAGACUCGUCUUUAAAAAAAAUGUGAAAAGCAAUUUUUAACCGUUUGUAUAAAAUGUAAUAGGCAAUUAUCUUUUUACAUUUUUUUUUAAUGAUCUUAGGCUUGUACCAAAUAUUCGUCUUCUACACGGAAAUAAUGAACCCGCUGAUGAACCGGUACGGAGAGCUCGCUGAUCUGAAAACCGUCAACGAAACAACCGAAGCACAAAUUGUCGCUUUUCUGUUUUGACGACCUGUUGCUGGGAUGUGAAUAAGAUGUUUUAGUUUUAGCUUAUAAAGUUUUAAUACGACACGCCGGGUACAUCUCGAUUCCCGUGAUUGCAUUCAGGAAAAAGAUGCGAGCCAUUUCUCCUGGCGGCAUUUUGUUGAUAUUGUGUCUGUAAAUUCAUUAUUCAAUAAGUAUCAUUAGAAAGUCUUAUAUUUAUAAAUCUCCACGUUUUCUCAAACAUUAAGGCGACGUAAUCAUUCCUCUUGAGUCCGGAAUGGAAAAACAAAGUUAGAGCUGAAAUUUGAACUUUGACACGAGGAGCAAGGAAACCAUCACAUCAGGGAAAUGGGAUGCAGCCGGGAUUUGAACACAGGGUUUGUGCAGAUAUGACUUAGGGCUGAGAUUUAGACCCCCCCACCCCAGAUCCUCCACAAAGACCACAGUUCUGACCCUCUUCGUCGUGGUAUUUAAUAUCUUAUUACAUGAUGGUACAAACACUGCCAGCACUUAACAUGUAGAAGAGCACAGGGCCUUGACCCCCCCCCUCCUGUGUGUGUGUGUGUCUACCUACCAGCUAUGUGCCAUAGUCUCAAACGUGUCCAGUGCCUUGACGUUGAUUCAAUGUCUUUCAGAACAAAUCUUCUGUUGGUAUGAAUUUAAAGAAUCAGCCCACCUGAAAAACUGAACCCUGGUGUUGUUGUUAUUUUUGCCUCUUCAGCAACGCAUAUGACAAAAUACAUUCAAGAGGUGGGAAACGUAGAGAGAGAGAGAAAGGGGAGGGGAUGACUUGCAACACGGGUGCAUUGUGGGUAAUAUGUCGGACUCCCUUCUUCAGACUCGGCGAACUAAAGCUCCAGAAGAGCUUCUAGGAGAACUUUAAGGCGCCGAAGAUUGAAACUCUUAAGCUAACGUGGACAGAAAGUCCCUCAAGUGGAGGAACAUCUAACAUCGCCCACUUCAUAACAUCUGGGAUGAGGAUUCACGGGAUGCGAUGGAAAGAUCCAGAAUGAAACGUUUUGUCCAAGUUAUUUAGGAAAAAAAUAUUAAUUAUUGGAGCUCACGGUGAACAUUUUACUUGUAUUUUUUUUUAAGAAGUUGUACUACAGCUAAGUAUUAAGUUGAGUUCUCGAUUUGUAUAAUACAGAAAAUACUGUUAAAAAAAACAUUUAAAGCAAAAGUGGGAAAAAAUUCACAACUUGUUUCUCAUUAAACUCGAUAUCUUUGGGACUGGCGGUCAAAAACAAUACAUUUUGUAUACAUUAACUAAUAUUUCUUUUAUAUCUUUGACAGGUAAAUGAAUAACGAUCUCCAAACCUGGACAAACAAACUAUUUGCACCACCAGAAGCCAAAUUACUCCUUUUAUUUGCCAGUUUUGGGUGAAGUGAUUCUUUAAUAAGUGGCGCAUCAUGUGGGCGCUUAUGUUGCAUUGAAUGACAGUUUGAGAGGGACCCGUAUGCAGGCCUGGGUGGUGUUGUUGUUGUUGAGUUGGUGAAACGAUGUCUCCCUCCCCCGUUUCCUCUCCUUGAAGGCUGCUGAUAUUCUACAUUGUUCUCUUUGUUCCUUUGUUCUCAAACCCCUGAAGAAGACCUCAUCGCCACCAAUGUGCAAAUCCCUUUAUCAAUACUGCAUUAAAAAGUCCCAAAUUACAUAUAAAACAAAAAGGUUAAAUAAGCUGGGAACGGUAGUUUUUUGUUGUUUUUGUUUUGCAAACGGUAGUAAAUCGUGUAUUUAUUGGGGACUAUUUUCCGCCGCGGAUGAAUCCACAUUUGAGGAUGAGAUAUCAGGCUUUUAUAAUAUCUGGUCUUUUCGUGGGCUUUGUAGACCAAAAGGAAAUGAUGGAAUAUCUCCAGACUUCUUUAAGUGUGUGUGUGUGUGUGAGAGUGUGUUAGCUUUAGGUACUGAUAUGAAAUUGAUUUUGUAUAUAACGUUGACGUCGAGCACGUGAAGCUUUGUGUGAAAACAAAUCUUUCGAGUGACGUCUCCUUCUAAAGUUUGUAUUUGACUUUUCUUGUGCAUAAAAAUGAGCUUAUUUUAAAAUUGAGAAACCCCCCCCUCCUUCUUUACUUUUUUGCCGUGGUUGGAUUGAAACGGAGACGCACACAUGUGGUCGAGAGGCUGAAUGUGUCUGCCAGUAUUAUUAUUAUUAUUCCACCAGUCCUGACAAUCGCCAUGGUUACGUGUCUGAGGAUGUUCGUCCCAGUUCCUAAUGCAGAGGGCCGUUUGUCCCCUUUGUUUUAUAUGAAUUGUACAAUUAUAUAAAAAACCCAAUUUGUCUGAA